AUGAAUAUUUCGGGCUUUGAUAAACAAGAGAAACCAAAGAGAAAAGAUGAGGAAUCAAGUUCGAAAAAGGGUUCAGUUCUAGAAGAAAGGAAACGAAGAAGAUCGAAUUCACAAUCCCUGUUACCCCCUAGAAAAAGUAGAAGAAGAGAAGGAAUAGAUAGAUCCCGCUCUCCACUUCGCCAUUACCUAUCAGAUGUUUCAUCAGAUAAAGAGUUGACAGAUAAUCGGAAGUACGGUCCGAAAAAAUGCGAAGUGUGUCACUGCGAGAUGCAAAUGGCUGCCAAUUUUUUGUCUCAUGUAUUGUCUGCGGCACAUAUUUCAAAGUGUUUGGCGGGAGUCAAUACAAAGAAGCGUCGUUUCACCCUUGAAUUGGACUAUCUCCCACUGAGAAAAGAGAUAGAGCAUGCUAGACGCCGACAUCUGGAAUCUCCGCCGAAACCAUCCCAGAAGGGUUCCCGCCCACCACCUUCCCGCAAACGAGAUUCUCGUUCUCGUUCGCCUCCAUAUAACAAAAGUGCCAACUAA